AUGGAUAUAUCUCAAACAUUUGACAAAGCGGAGCUAGAUUUGCCCAAUAAGGGUCUUAAGUUUGCACUUCCUUCUUCGGUCCGGGCUUUGGAGGCUGUUGUUGCACAUGUUGAACGCUUCGUCCAACUGUGUAAUAAAGCAUCAAGAGGUUUUGUCAGAGAGGCGUGUAGGCUCAAGAUUCAACAAAACCAAAGAAUCAUUCUCUUUUUCCAAAUGUCCCAGUACCACUUGACUUAUUUAGAGGAUUUUCUAAAAGAAAAUAGUUUUUCCAAUGAGACUGUUGCUGAAUACUUAAAGUUAGCAUCAGUCUGCAUGCGGCAAAACUGUUUUCAAGUCAACGGUUGCUUCUAUAAACAGCAGGAAGGGACUGCUAUGGGCCGCUUUGAGAAGGAACUUGGUAGCUCGGGGUAUUUUCUUAGAAUUUGGUUAAGAUACGUGGAUGAUAUAUUUGCUAUUUUCGAUGAAAACGCUUUCAGCUUAGAUGAUUUUGUUUUCAAAUUGAAUAAUUGUAUUUUCUCUUUUAAAUUCACCUUUAAAUUGGAAAAAGAUGUCCAGCUACCAUUUUUAAAAUCCCUAGUGAUUAGAUCUAACAAUACUAUAGAGUUCGAUAUUUACAGAAAACCUACAAGGUUUUGGUUAGAGUCUGAAAACAAUAUUGCAUCUGUAUGUCGAAAUGCCAAUGGGAGAAAUGGGACAAUUGACGAAAUAGAAUCAGCUGUUAAAUCCUGGCUGCGCAAUGCAGGAGACAGAGCAGGUGGACGAAUUAGUCGCAAAAAAGAAGCUGUUCCCAACACUGAAGACUGAAUUUUUUUUAUUACUUUUGAUUAAGUACAUUUAAUGUAUUCAAUAUAUUUAGAUUUCUGUUGCUUACUAUUUAAGUUUAAAUUUCUAUAUGUAUGCGUGUGUCGGUCUUACGAGCCCUAACACAAAAAUGUUCGGACACUUCAUAAUUUAUACAGAAAUAUUUUU